AAAUUGUCUGAAGUCCCAGAAAUAAAAAUAAUAUAUCUAAAUAAUUUAUUAUGUCAGAUAAGAGAGAUGAAUACACUUACAUGGCUAGAUUAGCUGAAUAAACAGAAAGAUGGGAAGACAUGGUAAAAAGUGAUUCUAAGAAAAUAAUAGGUUGAGAAUAUGAGAAAGGUAGCAGAGAUCACUAAAGAUUUGAAUAAUGAAGAGAGAAAUCUACUUUCAAUAGCAUAUAAGAAUACAGUAGGAUAGAGAAGAACUGCAUGGAGAGCUAUUACAGCAUAUGAGAUAAAAGAGAAAUAAAAGGUAAGAUAAAGUUGCAUUUUUUAUAGAUAGUGAAGUAUUAAGAAGUACUUUAAUAUUACAAAGCAAGAGUUGAAAAAGAACUAGAUUAUUAUUGCAAUGAAGUUUUAUAACUAAUAGAUCACACUUUAUUGAAGAAAACAGCUAAUACUGAGGCAAGAGUAUUUUAUCACAAAAUGAAAGGAGAUUAUAAUAGAUAUAUUGCAGAAUAUUCAUAAUAAAAAGCUUAAGAAAAAGCUAUUUAAUAAGCUCAGUAGGCUUAUUAAACAGCUUUAGAAUUGAUAGAUAAAGACAAGUUUCCAAAAACCAAUUUAUUAAGAUUAGGAGUAACUCUUAAUUACUCAGUAUUUUGUUAUGAAAUUAUGAGUGAUGUUGCUAAGGCUUGUGAAUUGGCAAAGACUGUAAAAGAUGAUGUAUUCAAUCUCAUUAUAUUAAGGCAAUUAAAGAACUAGAUGAUAUGGAGGAAGAUCAAUAUAAAGAUGUUACCACCAUCUUAUAAUUGAUAAAUGAUAAUCUUACUAAUUGGUAAGCUGAGUUACCUGAUGAAGCAGGCAAAAAAUGA